AUGGCUGCUGGCAAAACUUCUCGCAGAGGUCUCAAAAUAUGCUGUGCUGUAACGGCGAUUUUCUUAGUUCUCAUUGCCGCUGUUCUCGUAGCCUUGUCUUUUACCAUGUUGAAGCCUAGAGACCCCAGAAUCAGCCUCCACCUCGAAGGCCUCCAAAACAUUGAUUUGUUAAUGCUGAUGAAUACAACAGCGAAUGUCACUUUGGGCACUGUUUUUACCGUCGAGAAUCGAAACUAUGCAAGCUUCAGGUAUAAAAACUCUACCGCGUACGUUGAUUUUCACGGCGACCUGGUCGGGGAGGCUCUGAUAGGGGAACGAAAUGUUCCGGCACGCGGCAAGCUUAACGUGACAACUUCCGUGACUCUCAUGACUGGUAAUUUGGUGAUGAAUCCACAUUUUUUUGCUGAUUUGGGAAGUGGGAGCCUGAACUUGACAUCGACGGCAACUUUGGUGGGGAAAACGAGUCUGCUCAAGAUCUUCAAGAAGCAUGCUACAGUUUAUAACAGGUGUAACAUAUCUGUUUUUGUUUUUACUAGGAGUGUUGAAUCCAUAUGCGAGACCAAACUCAAGAUGUAG